AUGUCACUAGCAGAAGAUGAUUUAGGACACUCUCAGUCGCAUCUGCAUAGAUCCGCGCUUAGGUCCACAAGUCGGCGCCCCAGAGAUGACCCUCCAGCUGCUACAGAAGACUUCAGGCCGGAUCAGCGGUACAAGGGCUACGCAUCGAGCGACUACGCGAGUAACAAUCCCUGGUACGGUCAGCCUCGGUCAUCACCAGUUUUUGGUCUAGCAGAGUCCCUUCCGCACACGGUGAGGCAUGGCCAGGCCAGUCGGCAUGACAAGCGAGAACACGAGGCACGCUAUAAACGUGAACCCGAUGUCGAGAAGGGAGAAGGGCGUGGAGAAGGACAGGGAGAGGGUUACCAGAGAGGCAGACAUAGGGACGCUGCGCGCUUGGGUUCGCAAGAUGCUGCGGCGGAAGAGAAAUUAGAUAGGGUAUCAUCCGAGAAGCGACGCUCCGAAUUGGAUGCCGAUGAACCUCAAUCGCCGAAAAUAAGACCAAAGAACAAAAAAGAAGCUGCAGAAGAGGGAAAAAAGGGAAAAAAGGAGGAGGGAAAAGAAGAAGAAGAAGAAGAAGCAGAGAACCGGCAAGCUAGCUAUGACCGGCAUAGGAAUGCUUUUGCUCAAUUUAGAGCACGAUAUCCGGAGAUACUCGCUGAGUAUCUUGCUACAACAAUCACAGUCUUCCUUGCAAUUUGCGGGAACCUCAGUUACAGGUUCAAUCGGUCCUACGGCACCUUCGAGACCCUGUGCUGGACAAAUGGCCUCGCAACAAUGGCUGGAAUAUACCUGGCAGGUGGGGUUAGCGGUGCACACAUAAACCCCAUUAUUUCCAUCGUGCUGGCAGUGUAUCGCGGCUUCCCAUGGCAUAAAGUAUGGGUCUACAUGCUGGCUCAGCUGUUUGGCAGUCUCACAGCUGGCGGGCUCGCAUAUUCGGUCUAUCACGAUGCCAUCCACACCAAUGACCCAGGUCUGACAAGCUUGACCGGUCAAUCAUUCUAUACGAUCCCCAAGAGGGAAAUCAGUGUUUCCUCGGCUUUUUGGAGCGAGUUUAUCUCCAUUGCAACAUUUGUCUGCAUCGUCUUUGCCCUCGGGGAUGACCAAAACUCUCCGCCUGGUGCGGGUAUGAAUGCUCUGAUCAUCGGAUUCGUCUCUACAUUGAUCGGUCUCACUUUAGGUUACAAUACCGGACCAUGUAUGAACCCGAUGAGAGACAUGGCAACUAGACUCGUCGCACUGAUGGUUGGCUAUGGACCGCAAACUUUCCAAAACUGGUGGUGGAUAGGUGGCUGCUGGGGAGGAGACUUGGCGGGCGCCAUGACUGGAGCGGCGGUGUACGAUAUCUUUAUCUUCACUGGCUCUGAAAGCCCGGUCAACUACCUAUGGCCAACAAUGCAGGAGGUGGUGGACAAGCUUAAGCGCAUUGUGAGACUCAGGUGGAAGGGAUAG